AUGGCAGAGGCAACGUCAGAUCCCCGGUCGUCUGGCGCGUCCGACGAAGUAACAGAGAUCGCUUUGACGGACCUCAGUCAGGUGCUCGUCGAAUUGGGAGAUCAUCCCGAUAAUGUUUUAUUGAUACGUAGACAGAUACGACUCAUGUUCCGUCUCAGCAUGACGGCUGAGAUCCUCGAUGCCUAUGACAGGCUUUCCUCCCUGGUUAUGCUUGACGAAGCGACAUGGCUAUUGUAUUUCGAUCUCAAAAUACCUUCCUGUCAGCGACCGCUAUCCUUAGAUGCAUUCGUGGAGAUCUUGGAGAAGUUCGAUCAGGCCGAACAGGAUUACAUCUCUGCUGCUGUCCUGACUCGCCAUAUACAAUUCGUGCUAUCCUGCUUUCAUGCUGGAGUGCCGGAAGACGCUGCCAACAACACAACGACCACUGUCGAUUCAGAUGUCACCGAGUUCCUCAGUGAGGAUACCACUAGAAACAUGAUAAAGGCGUUGUAUCAAAGAGGGGAAGGGCUCUUGGAUCAAAGUGAAGAAAUAUGGCAAAUAUGGUUACAAUGGGAAUUAGGGUUGUUGUACAACGCAUCGAACAAGCAGACGCAAUUGGAGAUGAUACACACCAUGUUUGCGGAUCGUGUGGAGAUACCUCAUACUAAUAUCGAUCAAACCUCGAGUGCCUAUUCCAACUUCUGCUCGCAGUAUUGUCCAGAAGAAUAUGAGAUCCGAAUGGUAGAAUCAACCGAAAGUAGCCGAGCCGCCAAGAUGAAGCUGAGUGAGAAGCGAUAUGGCAAGACAAGAAGUGAUUUUGAAGAGCAACUGAUAGCGAUCCUUCUGGAGUACGCUUCAUGGGAAUCUGACCCACGGGCAAGAAACAAUGCUCGUGGGAAAGGACCCCAGCCCGAUCAGCAGCUCACUCAAAGUGUUUAUGAGCGAGCGGUAUCACGUUAUUCUCUCGCUUGCAGGCAGUCCCAAGCCGCACUAGAUGCUGCUGAAGAAUCGCUGAGGAGCUAUAGGCAUCAGUCUAAAGGGCAAGGAGGGAGGAAGCGAGAUGAAGAAGGUUCCGACGAGAUGGCUGCCAUACAUCAGCAGAUCCAGGUCGCUGGCGAGGCUGCCGAAACCCUUCCCAGAGACUCCGCUGGUCGACUUAGGAUACGGGCCACCAGGGCCUGCCCCCAAAAUGGUGACACUUGGAUCAACGCACUACUGAGCGAGGCUAUAUUCGAAAAAUCUCUUGCUCUUGGGCUUUUGACUACACCUGAUGGUCGAACCUCGGAUCUGGUAACUGUAUUCGUCGGUAAAGCAGCAUACGAAAAUCGACUGGCACCACCAGAAGACAUCGAAUCCUCAUCACAUCCGGUUCUGUCAACGUCAGUCAACAAGAGCGGUGAUACAAGCCUUAAGUUGGAGAAAUUUUUACUGUCUUGGGCCGAACACCGUGCUCCUGCAUAUAUCGAACAAGCUUUGGCGGUAGUAGAAAAGCCGAACAAAGCUCGAUCCUCUUCGUAUCAAAUGGUUCUACUACAUACUGACAUCCUAAGCUUUUUCAAGGCAAUCCAGCGCUCUGAUCUCGAUUGGCCGGAGGCAGUAUACGAUGCUCUAAUACAGUUCGAACAUGUGCAUGGGACACUGGACUCCCUACUUGAUGCGAGAACGAAAAUAGAGAGAGAACAAGAAAAACUGUCGAAGCGUAGAGAGAAGGCUGCAUUGGAGACCCAAAAAUAUAUCAUGUCGACCGAUGACGCCGUGGCAACUGUCCAACCAGUCUUGCAAUCUACCGUGGUAGUGGAAGCCAUGAAUGCAGCUGAUACGGCCAAAGAGCCUGAAGGGCAUCACAAGCGUGAUCGCGAACACACCACCAUCCUACUGAGUGGAUUACCAAAAGGGACUUCGCGUGAUCGCAUCAAUUCCCUUUUUUCAGACUGCGGAGACGUUCGAGAAACAACAAUUCUUACGGACGAUGAGAGCAUGUUCGAUGCUGCUCUGGUAGAGUUCACAGAUGUGGAUGCGGUACCCCAUGCACUACAGAAGGACCGCAGGAAGAUCGAUGAUGCAGUGAUCUCGGUCUCCAUGUUAUGGCGUUCGACCCUGUUUGUAACGAACUUCGCUCCCGAAAUGGAUGAUGCGGCAUUGCGACAACUAUUUGGUCAGGUAAGUUGUAUCCUCGAAUUUCGGAAAUACGCAAGCAACCGAAGGUUCUGCUAUAUAACCAUGGAAACUCCUGCUGCAGCACAAGAGGCCCUCCUCUUACAUGGAUACAAAGCCUCUCCGGAAGGUUUUGGUAUGAAUGUACUCAUUUCGGAUCCUUCAGUCAGAACGCAACGCAGUGAUGCCAAUAACUCCACAUUGUUCGUGGGUGGACUCAACGACAAAACUACCGAGUCAGAUGUAAGAGGUUUGCUAAGAGAUCGCGGUACGAUUCGCCAUCUCAAGCUUGGUUGGGAUCCGGUCAAGAAAGUCUGUAAGGGUUUCGCUUUUGUGGAGUUGUCUUCAGAAGCAGAAGCAAAUGCAUGUUUGUCACUCGAUGGUACUCCUUAUCAUAGGAAAAUUUUGAAAGUGCAAAUCAGCGACCCCAACCAUGGCAAUAAAAAAGGCAAAGAUCGUAAACCUGAUCAAGCUGCGGAAAGAAGGGAUAGGUUGGUAACCCUGUCCGGUUUACCUGAGAAUACACAAGAAGGUUUACUGCAACAAUGGCUAGAAAAGAUAGUCCCAGUUAGAAGGCUGGAGCUGUUCGCGAAAACCCAAGAGGCUGUAGCGGAGCUCGAGCUGUCCCAAGACGUUGGUAAACUCCUGCUUCGCUCAGAACCACUUGUCUUCGAGGGCAAGGAGGUCCAUUUCUCCACCCAAAGAAAUCGAUCCACUGGCGUUUCUACAGCCCCCGCGGCUGCCCCGAUCUCAUCCACCUCUUUCGCCCCUCGAGCUACUAGAAAGGCCAAGGUCAUCGCAAAACCUCGUCCGACUGCAGUAGCUGCCGCCGCUUCGACUGUAUCUGCUGUGAAAGAUGGUUCCGGAGUAGCCGCCCAAGGACAAAGUGACUUCAGGGCACUCGUCGCUGCCAAAAACAAACAGAGGGAAGAAAACUUGGCUAACGCGAAACAAAAUACCGGCGGGGAGAAGAGGAAGUCAGAGCAUGAUGACAAUGAUGACGCAAAGAGAACCCGUACAUAG